CGUAGCUGACCUUAUUAUGUCUGCUCAGAGGAAGAUACCCAGCAAGAGGAAGUCAUGGAGACACUGGAAAAUGAAGUUGAAGUUGAAGUUGCUGCACCAGAAGCAGAAGCAACUCCCACGGCAGAAGAGCCUGCAGAAGAAGAAUCUCCAGUUGCAGAUGAAGAUGACUCCAAACCCAAACCAAAGGCAUUUGCUCCAGCUAUAGCUGUGCCAAAGAUACCAGAGGGAGACAAAGUCGACUUUGAUGACAUCCACAGGAAGCGUCAGGAGAAGGAUCUGACAGAGCUGCAGUCUCUGAUCGAGGCCCACUUCAUUCAGAGGAAGAAGGACGAGGAGGAGCUCAUCACUCUCGUUAACAGGAUCGAGAAGCGUCGUGCUGAGAGGGAUGAACAGCAGAGGAUCCGUGCUGAGCAGGAGAGGUUGAGACAGGCUCGAGUUGCUGAAGAAAAGGAGAGGAAGGAGCUGGAGGAGGCACGUAAGAAGCAGGAUGAGGACGCCAAGAAGAAGAAGGCUCUGACAAACAUGACUCAGCAGUAUGGUGGUGUCCAACAGAGGCAAGAUGGAAAGAAGGGAGCGAAGAAGCAGACAGAGAGAGAGAAGAAAAAGAAGAUCCUGGCAGAAAGGAGGAAGCCUCUUAACAUCGACCAUCUUAGUGAGGACAAAGUCAAGGAGAAGGCCAGUGAGCUGUGGCAGUGGCUGAUGACACUGGAGGCUGAGAAGUUUGACCUCAGUGAGAAACUGAAGAGACAGAAAUAUGAUAUCAAUGUACUCCAGACCCGAAUCAAUGAGCAGCAGAAGUUUGCCAAAGGAAGAGGCAAGGGCAAGGGCAGGCUGAGAUAGACGCAAACACCAGCAGGAGUUCUCCAAGGAAGCAUCUGAAAAUGGGCAGCAGUAUCGACAUUAAUGUACGCUUAAACAAUAAAACUGCACUGCAACAGCUGGUUUUAGACAAACAAUAAAAAACACUUGUGCUUUUGA